AUUCGUAUUCGCAGAGCGGUGCUAUUCGUUGUCGAAGAAACACGCACGUUCUGCGAGAAAGUUUGUUGGUGAACAACCACCGCCGAGCUUGCCACCCUAGACCUCAGAGGCUUAGAAAGAUGCAGCAGAGGAUGCUGUCGCUCUACGCACUGCUGAUCGUUUUCGGUCUGAUCCUCUCGACGAACGCCGCACCGCAGCAGGGCUACUGGAGUCAAUUCGACGAGGAUCCUGAGGCAUUAAUGGAAAUUCUCACUCGGCUCGGUCAUAUGCGUAACUCAGAGCUUGAAAACAACAAACGAGGACUGGAUCUGGGCCUGAACCGCGGGUUCAGCGCUUCGCAGGCCGCAAAGCAUUUAAUGGGAUUAGCUGCAGCGAAUUAUGCCGGAGGACCUGGCCGACGACGCCGUUCCGAACAGCCCUAGAUUAAAAGACGCACGGGAUCGAUCGCAUUUCAACCUUAUGCGAGGUCUUCAUAAUAAAUGUUUACUUAACACGCGUUCGUUCGUUCGUAUGUAUGUAUUAGUAUGUAUGUAUGAGUGUCUCUAUCCCGUUCGAGAUUGCAAACGAUCCUGCUUGUUAGCUUUAAUGCAACUACAUUCUAUGAUAAUUCAGAUUUCAAAUAUGUUUGCGAUCAAGGACAGCGUAUUUCCCUCUGUUCAGUUCACUUCUGUUUGUGAAACGUAAUCUAGUCCUGUUAUUUAUCAAACGUUCUUAGCGAAAUGGUGUUUGUAUUUUGUAUAGAAAUUAAUAAUAUUGUUAUCGUGUAUUCUAGUCAUUAAUGUAGGAAAUUAAAUAUGUAUGUCCGUACGAACACGUGUUCGCACAUAAACGAACAAGUCACGAAAAUGGUACUACGAUCGACAAUACAUGUAAGUCUCAUCGAAUCGAAACGAACGAAUUCAUUCAUUACGACCAUGACUUUAUCCAUUAUUUUCCCUCCGGUUCAAACGACACAAUCUGAUAACUUUGAAUCCACGCAACUUGCUGAAUUAAUAAAUUUCUGCAUUUAAGGAAACUGUGAUUCACUUCUAUGAAACGUUCCUCAUCGAAUCGUUAAUUGCAACUGUUAAAGGCAAGACAACUAUUAUCGAUUGUUUAGUUCCUAAUUAGCUUUCGCCUAUUGAGUUUUCGAAUGGGUGUACGCAAACUAACGAAAAUACACAAAUACAUACGGGGCACAGGUCUUUGUUUUUACCUUCACUACCAUUCAUCCCUGUCCCACCCGUAAAGCGAACGAGCGAAUGCUAAACUAAUCGCUUCCGUUAAUUGAAAGGCAAACUUGUAUAUCUCUCUAUGUGUAUGUAUGCUCUAACCGUGUAAACAAUACCUUCGAAUCAUUGCAAAUAAACGUUGUCUAUUUACUUCAA